GGAGCAGUCCAAGUUCAUCAUCGUCCCGAGAGAGAGAAGCAGCGGUGUCCGUGCCGGUGUGAGCAGAACGACAGGCAUCCUUCGCCCGGGCAUGCCAAGGUUCCGAUUGUGAUUUUCCCCGGGACCGUGGAGACCGCGCGCCUGCCCUGCGGCACCUUUUGGAGCCGGGUCGCUCGCGGCAGUGAUCGGCCAGCGUGCCCCUGCCGAAGCCCCUGCUGGUCCGGUCCACCUCACACACUUUGCAUUUAUCCGCGAAUCAUUUCGAGAGUCCGUCUUGUAAAUGUUUAGCAUUUUGCUGCUUUACUGGUGCUUUCUGGGGACGGUUCCAGCUCUUGACGAGAUCGGCGGAGAGAGGCGACUUAGCCCCCAGAAGAGCGAAAUAUGGGGACCCGGGCUAAAAGCAGACGUCGUCCUUCCCGCCCGCUAUUUCUAUAUUCAGGCGGUGGAUACAUCAGGCAAUAAAUUCACGUCUUCUCCGGGAGAAAAGGCGUUCCAGAUUAAAAUCUUGGCCCCAGAUGAGCAGUUCACUAGAGUGGGAGUUCAGGUUCUAGACCGAAAGGAUGGGUCCUUCAUAGUAAGGUACAGAAUGUAUGCAAGCUACAAAACCCUGAAGGUGGAGGUUAAAUUCCAAGGUCAACACGUGGCCAAAUCUCCAUAUGUUUUAAAAGGGCCAGUUUACCAUGAGAGCUGUGACUGUCCUUUGGAAGACAGUGCAGCCUGGCUGCGAGGGAUGAACUGCCCGGACACCAUCGCUCAGAUCCAGAGAGAUUUGGCACAUUUCCCCACCAUCGAUCCCGAAAAGAUUGCAACAGAAAUCCCAAAGCGAUUUGGACAGAGGCAGAGUUUGUGUCACUACACAGUAAAGGACAACAAGGUUUAUAUCAAGACUCAUGGUGAACAUGUAGGCUUUAGAAUUUUCAUGGAUGCCAUCCUACUUUCUUUGACUAGAAAGGUGAGGAUGCCAGAUGUGGAGUUCUUUGUUAACUUGGGAGACUGGCCUUUGGAAAAAAAGAAAUCCAAUUCAAACAUCCAUCCAAUCUUUUCCUGGUGUGGCUCCACAGAUUCCAAGGACAUAGUGAUGCCUACCUACGACUUAACUGACUCUGUUCUAGAGACCAUGGGCCGAGUGAGUCUGGAUAUGAUGUCUGUGCAAGCUAACACGGGUCCUCCCUGGGAAAGCAAAAAUGCCACCGCCGUCUGGAGAGGGCGAGACAGCCGCAAAGAGAGACUCGAGCUGGUUAAACUCAGUAGAAAACACCCAGAACUCAUAGAUGCUGCUUUCACCAACUUUUUCUUCUUUAAACACGACGAAAGCCUUUAUGGUCCCAUAGUGAAACACAUUUCAUUUUUUGAUUUCUUUAAGCAUAAGUAUCAAAUAAAUAUCGAUGGCACUGUAGCGGCAUACCGCCUGCCAUACCUCCUGGCCGGCGACAGUGUGGUGCUGAAGCAGGACUCCAUCUAUUAUGAACACUUCUACAAUGAGCUGCAGCCCUGGAAACACUACAUUCCAGUUAAGAGCAACCUCAGCGAUCUGCUAGACAAACUGAAAUGGGCAAAAGAACAUGAUGAAGAGGCAAAAAAAAUAGCAAAAGCAGGACAGGAAUUUGCAAGAAAUAAUCUUAUGGGGGAUGACAUAUUCUGUUAUUAUUUCAAACUUUUCCAGGAAUAUGCCAAUUUGCAAGUGAAUGAGCCUCAAAUCCGGGAGGGCAUGAAGAGGGUAGAACCACAGACCGAGGACGACCUGUUUCCCUGCACAUGCCAUAGGAAAAAGACCAAAGAUGAACUCUGAUAUGCAAAAUACCUUCCAUUCAAAUAAUGGUGCUCUGAAGACUCUUCUUAACUGAGAAGGAGGAAAAUAUUUUUAAAGUAUUAAUUCCAUGGACAGUAUAAAAUCUGCUAUGUGAUUCUUUGGAUUAUGAAGCUACAUCUCUUCUUAUUAUACAGUAUUCCCAUGUCUUUCUAUAAAGCACAUUUUUAGAAUUUUAUAAUGAAACCACCUUUAUUUUAA